UUCCAUACAGGGAAGUGAAAAUCAUUUCCUGUGAGAUAAACAGCUGCAAGAUCCAGUUGAAUGCUCCCAAAACUGAAAUGAGCUCCUAAAGCCAAAAGGACGUCGAUGCUGUCAGAAUAGUUAGAAGAAACAUCGAUUGUUCCUUUAAAAGUGGAAAAGUGUGUUGAGUUGAGCCGUCAGUUACUUUAUGUCUGUUCGCUAGGAAAUCGACAGGAGUGCAGGCUGCAGUCUCGACAGUUUCUGUGGCUGUAUCGGAUCUCGGGUUGUUGUUACUGUCCACAAUGUCGAUUACACAGGUCAACAACGGGAUUAUCGUCCGAUGAAGAAUAUUGCAGCGGGGCCUUUUAACUUCUUUAAAAAAGGAAGACGUCGGAAUAACGAGCGAAAAUGAAGAAACAGUUCAAUCGAAUGAAACAGCUCGCCAACCAAACGGUUGGAAGGGCAGAGAAAACUGAAGUCCUCAGCGAUGACCUGUUGCAGAUUGAGCGGCGGCUGGAGACAGUCCGGUCGGUCGCCCAUAAUGCUCACAAGCGCCUGGUGAACUGCAUGCAGGGCAACAUCGGCACAGAUGGGGAAAAAAGACACAAAAAGCUCCCGCUGACUGCACUAUCACAGGCCAUGCAGGAGGCGGGAAAUCAGCUGGGAGAGGAAUCCCUGAUUGGUAAGAUGAUGGAGGUUUGUGGAGAGGCAGAGAACACUUUGGCCAGUGAGCUGCUGCAGCAUGAGCAACAGAUAGAGAAAGACAUCCUGGAGCCUCUGAACCAGAUAGCAGAGGUAGAAAUACCGAACAUUCAGAAACAGAGGAAACAGCUGGCCAAGCAUGUACUGGACUAUGACUCUGCCAAAAACAGGUAUUUUCAGCAGUCAAAGUCAGCGAUCUCAUCGGGAACCAACCCGGCUCUGACCGCUAAGGUGGAGUCUCUAAAGGAGGAGAUGGAGGAAGCCUUGAACAAAGUGGAGAUAUGCAAGGACCAGCUGUCUGCAGAUCUGUAUAACUUCUCCUCUAAGGAGGGCGAGCAUGCAGGCCAUUUCCUAACGUUACUGGAGGCCCAGGCAGAGUACCACAGGAGAUCUCUGGCUGCGUUAGAGAGCCUCUUACCAAACAUAAAAGCCCAGCAAGAGUCCUGGACAGAGAAGCCAGCCUUUGGCACUCACCUGGACGAGCACCUGAAGCGCAGUAACCGGGAGAUCGCCCUGCCCUUGGAGGCCUGCGUCAUGAUGCUGCUGGAGACUGGCAUGAAGGAGGAGGGGCUGUUCCGAAUCACUGCAGGGGCCUCCAAGCUGAAGAAGCUGAAGGCAGCGCUGGACUGUUCCACCUCCCAGUUGGAGGAGUUCUACUCCGACCCCCACGCUGUAGCUGGUGCCCUGAAGUCAUACCUGAGAGAGCUGCCAGAGCCCCUCAUGACUUUCCAGCUCUACGACGACUGGAUACAGGCGGGGAGUGUGUCGGACCCCGACAGACGAUUGCAGGCUUUGUGGAUGACUUGUGACAAAAUGGAAAAGAACAGCAAGGCUAACUUCAAGUAUCUGGUGAAGUUCCUGGCCAAGCUGUCCCAGGACUGCGAUGUAAACAAGAUGACCCCCAGUAACAUCGCCAUCGUCUUGGGGCCCAAUCUGCUUUGGCCCAAAGCCGAGGGGAAUCUAGCAGAGUUAGCAGCUGCUACCUCAGUCCAUGCAGUCACCAUCAUAGAGCCCAUCAUCCAGCACGCUGAAUGGUUCUUUCCAGGAGAUCUGGACUUCAACGUGUCGGGCAUGUUUUCGAUGCCGACGGCGGCUGGCAACCACUCCAGCUCCCUGAUGGACUAUGACUCGGGCACCCUGGAGAGACGCCGGCCCGGCAGCAUGGACAGCGAGAGUCGAAAAGAGAGUACUCCCCGUGACCACUCGUCCACGCCCCCGUCCCAGCGGAACGGGGGGGCAGGCACACAUGGACACGCGGCUAGCCAGCUGGGCGUGGCCACCCCCCCGGGCGGGUCCCGCAGUGCCAGCCCCCACAUGAUGCGCAGAGGUACAAAGAAGCACGCCCCUGCCCCGCCCAAACCAGCCAACCCCCCUCCACCGCAGCCCGGCCCUCAGACAGCGUCGUCGACUCCGCCCGUGGACCCGCCGCCCCCCAAGCUGGUCUCUCGGCACUCCCAGUCUAACAUGAGCGGAUCGCCGCACGUGGGCGCCAUCCGACGCCACUCCAGUAACCUGUCACCACUCCACGCGCCCAAUCACCCGCCCCCACAGCCGCCGCCCCAGAUAGCUCCGCCUCCCCUCCUCAAAAGCUCCAGCCAGGUGGCGGGUACUGAGUCAGGGCCGGACCAGUCCCCUCCCGGGACGCCCAGCCCCCCGGGCACCCCUUCACCCCCGCCGGAGCCUGCCGAAAUAAACCCCUAUGCCCUGCCCUCCGAUUUGAACACCGGCUCUCUGCCCCGCCCCAAGCCUGUGCCGAGACCACGGAACCGCCCCAACAUGCCUCCGCCCGCCCAGCCGCCUGCCCCGGCCAAUGACAGCGCCGACAGCCUGUACAGCUCCGCCCCCAAGAUCUUCACUGAUUUGGGCGUGGCUUUCAAAGGGCUGAGCCGUGCCUUUGUCCCGGUGGUCGCUGUGGAACCACUGACCAGGGGGACCCCCAGCCCAGAGCCCUUGCCUCCCCCUCCUCUGGACCCCGCGUUUGAGUCAGAGAGCACCGCCUUGUGAGAGAGGGGGUGCCCCCCCAGUGCCAAUCCUCAUCUCUCCCCGGACCAACUGACACACCGCCCUAAAACCCCAAAGUCCAAAUAACCUGGCCUACCUCUUUUAACCCACUCACUCUCUGAAACGCACACCACUCCCUUUCACACUAAAAUCACUCCAAAAAAGCCUCUCUACACUCAUUCCGAUCCCCCUAUUGUCACAACCCACCAUCCCAUCCCACUGUGACUGUUUUGGUUGCUGAAGAACAUUUAUCCUGGGCCAGACGGUCACUGUAAGGUGCUCCACAAUGCCGUCAGCUCUGGCCAGUUGACCGCAGCAGGACUGCUGAGAACCUGAGCAGAUAAUACUGAAGGCUUUCGGGGGGAAAAAACAAAACCUAUUUUAAAUUCAAUGUUCUUCUAAUCUGGAGUUUCUGGUGGUUUUGGGAGCAUACCUUCUUUCUUAAAAAAAAAAGAGACAUUCAAAACUUUUAUAUAACUUUUAUAUAUUUAAAGAAUAUUUGCUGUAAGUCUGGGAGAGAAAAGGUUAAAACAUGAAUAUGAAAAAGUAUUUGAGAAAAGCAUAUUGCUGCGGGUGUGGCACGGCGGGGAUAUUGCGGGAUCACAGUUCCCACGUGUUGUGCUGUCGCUCCGUCAGCCUGCAAGUGCCUAUCUUCUGCUCUCUCUCCAUUUAUACAUACCUUUCCACUCACUCCUCAAGAUAAAGGUCAUACCUCCUCUUUUUCUGCAUUGUAAGCAUGUUACUGACAUUCCAGCAUCAUAUGAUGCUACGGGUAAUUGCCCUGUAAUUUCAUUACAGACUACUUAAAAAAGAGCACUAUAAAUAUGGCCGCCACGUUCAGAGUCUAAGGACUCUUAACUGACCUCCUGCUCAACCAAUACUGUAGCCAGGUCAAAUAGAUAUAGCAAACAGAGAGAGAGAGAGAGAACAAGAUAGAGAGAGUGAGCAAGAGAGCGUGAGAGAAUGGAUGUACGGUCACGCCCAAGAACUGCCAAUUAGGUAUUCUUUCAGGUGCAUUCCUCUCUCCACACCUGUGUUAUUUAUUAAAAACGCUAAUUGGCUAAACAGGUUUUACCUUUGGAAUACAAUUUGAAAUCAUCACUCAACAAGGGUCAUUAUGGUAAUUACCAUUAUCAUUCAAGAUAAUUUUUAUAUUGUCGCUAUUUUUAUGGUAUGACAAGGUAUACUCGUUUGAAUUCAUUUCCCUCUCCCUCUAGUACAACAUUCUUUUGUAGGUGAAAUCACGGAGGGCAUAUCGUGAGACUUAAUGGUAUACAUAUACUUGUAAUACUUUUUUUCUGAUAAUGUUUCCCAGUCAUUUCAUAGACCGUCAAACAACAUACAAAAAAAAAGGUUACUGGCAAAAUGCCACCGGUUAGACUGAAUGUCUGCCUUUUCCUCCGCACACAAAGUGAAGGGCCGUUUCUCUGGAUGUUUUAGGAAAUAUUGUUCAUCCACAAUCCCGUUUUGCAUCCUGUUAUUACACAGCCCUAUGCGUGGGACCAAUGGCUAAAUCCUUUACACUUCACACAACUGUGCUGUACCGGUUGUGCAUUUACCUUUAAGUUACUGUGAUGACAAUCGUAUACUGCUUUUGUGUUACUUUAUAACACAUAAUUGUGUAUUUUACACCAUGUGUUGAAAGGGAUACUGUUCAACACAGAUUGUGUUAAAAGUAAUAGAAAAUGAGUUGACCUUAACUACACGUUGACCUGAAAAUGACGUUACUGUAUGUGUUGGUUUUUAACACAUCUGUUUUCCGAGUGUAUUUUCCUUGGGAUUAAGUGAACUUCCAAAUACGCCGUAUUGCCUUUGUAUGGGUGGGGAUUUGGAUCUUCCAUGCUGUAUUUGAGCCUCAGCUAGCGUUUUAUUCAGAAAAUGUACGCAUUUAAAAUGUAUUCUUGGUUUAUAUGCUCCCAUCUCAAAAUAAAAAAGGGGGAAAAAGUGAAUUGCACUGUGUAA